AUGACCUCUGUCUUUGCCAAGCUCGAUGUUGAUGGGGACGGGAAGACCAAUGACGCAUCCCGCCUCACCACCUCCCUCCCAGCCUGGCGGGAACGCACAGGCCCGGAAGCAUAUCGUAUUACUCGUGAAGCUCGCCCUGCCUAUGACCAUCCCAUCGCUGACCAAUGGCAUGCCAUCGGCACGAGCAUAUAUCAGUUUCUCGACUCCCAGGGAGUCAAGUGGACUUCAAUCGACCCCGUCGCUUUUGCUGAGGAGGGGGAGGUGGAGCCGUUCUGCCCACUUCUUAUGUGGAUUGGGGUCCAUCCCAAGUCCCUCAUCUACGAUGCUGCUGUGGCUGCAGCCGGUGGCUUCCCUGAGAUCGAAGUUGCCUUCCGUGAAUCAGUCAUCAAUCGGUCUGUCGCUACGGGCCCCAAGUUGCUCCCCUUCAACCCCCUUCGUGACCCCGUCCCCGAACUCCUCAAGCCCUUCACGCCCACGCUUGGCCUCUCCAUCGCACCGCUGAAGACGCCGUAUUAUGAGGGCACAGGUGCCCUCUACCUCCGCGUCGGCAACACUGACAAGCGCACUGUCCUCCUCACUGCUGCCCACGUUGCUCGUCCUGGGCUACAACAAUGCUGUCACGGACAUGCUGAAUCGAUCGAUGUCUGGAACGACAAUAUUGCUAGAUUGUCCGAGCAGUCCGCUGAGAGGGAGGAGGAUGAGGAGAUGGCCGAGAAGCGCCAGGAGUAUGUGGACCUAGUGAACAAGGCGAGGAAGAAGAUUGAGAAGAUAAACAAGCUUCACAACUAUGUCACCAAGUUCUGGGCGACCCCGAAGCAUCGCAUCAUCGCCCACCAGUUCACCCACGACUGGGCACUGAUCGAACUCUACGAGGAAAAGAUCAGCUGGGACUCGUUCAAGGGCAACAAGGUCUAUGUUGGCGAGAACCUCUCGUCGUCCGACUACGGCAAGAUCAUGCUCCCCCGACCUGAGGACCAGGCCGGCUACAAGUACCCGCGUGAUGGUCUCCUCCAGGCCUACGGUGUCGUGAAGGAAAAGGAGAUACGAUCGCCCCAGUACCUCGAUGGCCACAAGUGUCUCCUCGUAGUGAAGAAUGGCAUGGCCACGGGCACUACUGUGGGUCGCGUCAACGGGUUGUACUCGUUCACUCGUGUCUACACCGAACAUGGCAUCCAACAGACGUCGGUCGAGGUAGCUGUCCUGCCUUACGACAGGAGGAGGGGCGCCUUCUCUGCCUCCGGAGAUUCUGGUGCCAUCGUCUUCGAGAGGGGCGGUGGCAUUGUUGGCAUGCUCACCGGUGGCAGCGGCACGACUGAAGCCACCGACACCACCUACCUUACCCCGUACUGGUGGCUCGAGGAGCAGAUUAAGAAGGUCCUUCCCGUCUCCUACCUCUACGACGACGUCUAG